AUGGCCAAAGCAAGGAAUUUUGUGUUUGUUCUCGUGUGGCUAUCGCUGCUAAUUAGUGGCGGAAUACACCUGUUUUCGCAGGGAUUCCUGCUGACGCGGGUGACCGACACCGAGACCAGCUCUUGUGUGCGGUACGAAGAUUAUCGGUGUGGGAAUGACCCGUCACAAGUGAACGGUUGUAACGGCACCGAGAAAGUGGCCUCUAUCCUGCGCGAUGUUAACCGGUCGUCCGGCAUUUGCUUGCCCCCGAAGGCAAAGGUGAUUCUGCUAGUCAUCGACGCCCUACGUUACGACUUUGGCCUGUACGACCCGGCCAACGCACAACCGGCCCCGUACGAAAACAAUCUUCCGUUCAUGGCGGAGCUGUUGCGUAAGUAUCCGGACCACAGCCGGCGUUUGAAGUUUGUGGCCGAUCCGCCGACUACGACGAUGCAGCGCCUAAAAGGCAUGACCACCGGCAGCUUGCCGACGUUCAUCGAUAUCGGAUCGAAUUUUGCAUCGCCCGAAAUCAACGAGGACAAUUUGAUCGACCAGCUGGUGCGCCACAACCGGACGAGCGUGUUUCUCGGGGACGGCACGUGGACCGAGCUGUUCCCGAAUCGUUUCACGCGCGCGUACGACUACCCGAGUUUCAAUAUUUACGAUCUCGACACCGUCGAUACGGCCAUCAUGAAGCACUUGCCACGAGAAAUCGCCCGUCCCGACUGGGACAUCAUUGUGGCACACUUUCUCGGGGUCGACCACUGCGGCCACCGGUACGGUCCACUGCACGAAGAGAUGAGGCGCAAGCUGCGCGAAAUGGACACGGUUAUGCGCGGCGUGGUCGAGCAGAUGACCGACGGGACGACACUGAUCGUUAUCGGUGAUCACGGCAUGACCCAAACCGGUGACCACGGAGGAGAAUCGACGGAAGAAGUCGAAGCCCUGUUCUUUAUGUACUCGAAGGGAGUGCCUCUGUUGUCACGCGCCUACGAUGAUUACGGACAGGUGAUGCAACAGAUCGAUCUCGUGCCAACGUUGGCCACGAUUCUCGGUAUUCCCAUACCACACUCGAAUCUAGGACAGAUCAACUUCCAGCUGCUACCCGACACGAUCGUGGACUCGUUCCUACGGUACCAACUCGCGCUGGUGCAUCUGUGGCAGAAUGCACGCCAAAUCCAGGGCUACUUCCAGCGCUAUGCCGACUCGAACGUGGGAACAUUCGGUGUGGAUCUGCUGGACGAGCUGGACAACAAGUUCCUGAUUCUGACGCAGCGGGUCAACACUGUGUACACGGAGGCCGCCUUUGAAAGCUUCUCGAAAGAUUUGCGCCUCUACCUGAAAGACAUUCUUGAGGGCUGCCGAGAGAUUUGGGUUCGCUUCGAUCCGCAACUCAUCAUGCACGGCCUGUUGGUCACCUUUUUGGGUUGCUUCGCGAUGGCGCUGCUCAUCAUCAACUCCAGCCCGUACCAGUUGGGACAGAUGUUUCACGAUGGAGUCGUGCGAUAUGCGCUGCUCCUAUCGCUCGUGGCCGCUCCUUCCGGGUACUGCUUCUAUGCCGACUUUGGGCUAAGCUCGGCUUCGCACGGUGCGAUCCUGUUCACGGCCUUCGCCAGCAUCGGUAUCCUGGCGGUGCUCACCGUCCAACACUGGAUCGCCAUCUCGGACAGUGUGGCCAGCACGCGACGCACCACCAACUUCCUUACGCGCGUCUCUUUCGUAUUCACAACCUGCGUCUUCUUCGCCAACAGCUUCAUCGUGCAGGAACCGAAGAUUCUGUCGUACGUGCUGAUGGGUUUCUUCCUUGCCGGGCUCUACACGCUACAGCGCGACCCGUCCGGAAGGUUUGCCAUUCCUCGAACCGCCAAGUGGGCGGUGCUGAAACGGUCCACCUUUGUGAAGCUGCUGGCCCUGGCCCUGUUUGGUGUGUCGUUGAUACGCCUCUCGAGCCACUACUUCCGAUGCCGCGAGGAGCAAACCAACUGUACGGACUAUCUGGUGAAAGCCCCCGGGCCACCAACCGCCGAGGGUCAACGGCGUCCCCGCUCGGCAUCGAACGUUGACUUCCUACCCAUCGUAGCGCUCGUCCUGUACGUGGUCUGUACGCGCCUGUACCUGAGGGCGUGUGGAAAUCUGACGGGCACGAGGAUCAAUGUGAUGAUGGCCCGGUAUGGGCCAACCUUGGCCGUCGUGUGCGCCUGCGGCCACUUUACCAUUACCAAAACGACUGCUUCCGGCGUUCCACCACUGCACGUGGAUGCACUCGCUUGGGUAGUGUACGGGUUGGCAAUGCUGCAAGUGGCCGUCCUUCUUGUAUCGCCUCUCCUGGUGUUCGUACUGCCACGCCGGAAGGAGGUGCUCGAUGUGCUGUACAGCGAUCGGAACGUGGCCUCGGAGAUCUACAAACAGCUAAAGGCGACCUACAACCAGCGGUCUGGUUCGGGAGGGGAUGACCAAACGGAAGAAAUUCCCGACAUACCGAUCGUUUGUGGCCUAGCAACGGUUUACUCAUCCGUUUUCGUAGCAACCGGUGCCACGGUGAGCGUACUGCUGGCGUUGCUCCUUGGAUCGCACGGUACGAUGGGGCUGAUGAUUGUGAACGCCGUUGCCAUGGCAUACGGCGUGAUCGCAUCGAUAAAGCAGUGCAAAAGUGGAUCCAAUUUGCAGACCUGCGUGCAGCCCAAUUUUAGUACGAUCCUCACGUGGAUCAUUCUGCAACAGUUCGGAUUCUAUGCGACCUCCCACCAACCGACCCUGUCGCAGAUUGACUGGAAUGCCGCCUUCGUAGGGCGCACAUUUUACUACGACAACAGCAACGCACUGUCGGCGGUGCUCGUCCUGCUCAACACGUUCUCCACAACGUUUCUUCUGUCGGUCCUAUUUCCACUGAUGGUGUUUGUUCCGCUCUGUGUCCACACGAUGUGGCCAGCGCUGGUCAAAGGACAAACGAAGGCAGCACCUGCAGCUGGAGGUCCGAUGGCUAGCAAGAAGCCGUUCAAUCGAGCAGCAGAUGCACCCGUCCGAAAGGUGGAAACUAACGGUGUUGGUAGUGUCGAGUAUCGUAGCGUAACGGUCAAUCACGCGGAUGAAACUGCGGUCCACAGGGCCCUCGUUACCGCAAUGGAUUUCGACGUCACCAAAGGGGAGCUUAUUUUGUACGAAAACGAAAAGCUGUUCUUCGGGAUCGUCUUCAAAACCGGCUGCCAGCUGCUGUUGCUCCAAUCGCUGAGGAUAUUCUGUGCCAUGUUGGCCUGCACGUUGCACUGUCGGCAUCUGAUGGUGUGGAAGAUUUUUGCACCACGCUUCAUCUACGAAGGUAUCGCGAGCUACGUAGCGUUCGUGGGAAUCAACCUAGGGUUUUUACUACUCCUCCGGGUCCACCACUCCGUCGGGGGUCUGAUCACGGCCAUCAACAAGGCACGAUAGGAAGGAGUUCCAUCUCAGCCCACCAUCACCGAUACGCCCCCACUAAUUCUAGUCCUGUGUUCAGUAUCCACCCAGAGUGCAUUCGCGUAACGAACGAAAGGUAAGUUGCGCGCCUAUAACGCCUUCCCCAGAGUCAACCGUCACGGCGGAGCGAACAGUAGACGCUCCCCUUUCCGGAAAGACAUUGUAACAAUUUAAGUUAAUGUAGUAGAUAACUAGUGACAAAAAACGAUGCAUACGACGGUUCAAGUUGCACAAA